AUGCGACCUUCGUCUUCCAAAUCACAGAGUAACCAGGAAAUUGAUCACACUCACAUAUUGGUCAGUGAUAUGAGCAACCUCUAUGUAAGCGGCAGGAUUAAUCUACAAAAUGUAUGUUCGUUCCUUGUUCUGUCACAAAUUUAUCAAUACAAAGAGCUUGAAGACGAAUCGCUCGACUUUAUCGACAACAACGCUUUGGAUGUAUUGCGAUCUGAAAAUUUUUUGGCUUUGUCAUCUGAAGCUCUUCUAGGAAUUCUAAAUCGAGACACAUUUUAUUCUAACGAAUUUUAUAUAUUUAAUGAGGUAUGUCGUUGGAUUACUGAGAACGAAGACAACCUGGAUCGAGAUAGUAAAAUUGAAGUUUUAUCGGCCGUCAGAUAUCAUUUAAUGAGUGAUAAAGAACUGGCUGAUGCUAAGGAAUCAAAAUUGGUUACUCCGGAUAUUAUUUUAGAUGCUAUAGAAUUUAGAAACACGUUGUCAACAGAUAAGCCUCAGUUUCGGGGGCAGCUAAAACCCGAUGUGAGUCUUACUUUUGAGUCUCGGAGAUCUCCGGGUAUCAAUGUGGAUCUUAUUGAUCAGUCUGAUGAUUUUUCGGAUCGAUAUAACUAUGACGGUACUAAUAUGAUAAAGUUAAAUACUCCAUCAUUUAUGAACUAUAUUGAAAUAUCGUUAUGGGAUGAAGUUAAGGUUGACAAACUAAA